UUGAAUUCAGUAUCUGUAUUUCUGUGGCAAAAUCAGGAAGAGUUUGUAAAAAGUGGUGAAAAGAAAAUAAUUGAAAAUCCACGAAUAUUGCUCCUUUAUAUAUAGUGUUUAUUUAAUUUAUAGCACAUUUAUAAACUUAAAGUUGUAAGUGAUCAUGGAGAACCGACACGCUCCUCCCGGAGUCAACUCACGGUCGGAGACUGCAGCCCAAUCUGCUGCUGAUUUGGAGGUGCUCCGUGAGAUAGAGCAUGUGUACUUCUCCCCGCCGGCACAGUUCGACGCGGCGCGCUACGCGCUGGAGCACGCGCCCACGCCGCCAGACUGCGACGCCAUACACCGCAUGUUCACCAAGCUGAAGCGGCAGCAGCAGGUGGUGUCAGGGAAAGCUCUCCAUCUCAUCUCCCAACAACGAGACAACUGCGACAGAGAGUUCGCAGAAAUCCAGAACAUUCGGGAACAACUCGCACAAACGUUACAAACUUGCAGAGAAGCGCGCGAACAGUUAAAAACAGCGUCAAACCACCUCACUAUAUCCACCUUUGUCAUACUCGCUAACGUUAGAAAAAGACAGAUAAUCAAAUCAGUGCUCAAAUCUUUAGAAUUACUGAGAAGUUUAAGGAGCGUUGAGAAAGAUGUUGCAGAUUUACUAUCCAAAAAAGAAUACUUCGAAGCCAUUGACCUCAUUUUGAAAAGCAAAAAGGCAGCUGCGAAUAACAAGGAAUAUACUUGCAUAGCAGAUUUGAGUACAAGGUUACAGGACACUUUGGAUAUGACAGAGGAAAAGCUGGAUUCAGUGCUAGCUAGUAUAUGUCAUAAUUUCGACGAGGAUGUCUUUAAAAAGUUGAAGAAAGCCUACGAUUUGUUGGGGAAGACUCAGGCUGCGAUGGAGCAAUUGCACAUGCAUUAUUCCUCUGCAGUCAACGAAUCGGCUAUAGAAGCUGUCAAACCUUUCCUAAAUGAGUAUACUAUAGAACUGAAAUUCCAAGAGAUGUGUCAAUCGGUCCCCACAAACAAAGCACCCAUGUGUCUCUUAAAUCUAUGCGAGAAUCUAUUCCGAGUAAUGCGCAGCUACUAUCUCUUGGUGAAUUGGCAUUUAAAGAAUGAGGAAAUACAGCCGAGCUCCAGCGUUUUCGACAUCGAGAAAAAUGUCAGCCGCGAAUACAUAAAGCAAAAAUUAAAAGCCGGUUUGAUAAGGAUAUGGCACGACGUACAGGCCAAAGUGUCGAUAUUCUUAAAAAGUUCCGGUCUUGAAGAGUUUCAGUUUGAGAAAUUUAUUCAAAUGUUGGGUAUUCUGAGGAAGUUGACGCAAGUUGCGGAGAUAUUUUGCGGGGACACGUCAGAUUUGCUGCAGGAUUUCAUAAAGACCCAAUCUGUGUCAUACAUAAAGAACUAUCACAGAGGCCGAAUGGAGGAGCUAAAACUGUUUUUGGAAAACGAAGGAUGGGAACAAUGUCCGGUCAAAGCUACCUUCAAUGUCCUAAACUUGCAAGAGUUUAAACAGUUUAGAAAGUAUUUGAACCCCAAAUCUGAUAUAGUCAAAGGACCCCAAUCAGAAGCGACGUCUUCAGUCCCUUCCCAAGACGACAGCGUUUACAUAUCAAAGUAUUUUACGGAAAAAACAUCGAAAACGCCUUUCGAAAUUUUUCGCAACGCAAACGUAACUAACGACGAUAUAUUCGGUUUAGAACCAGAGUCGGAAGGCAGCGACGAAUCCGACGACGAACCGGAUGAGUUGCGACGAGAUUUCGUCGAAGAUACAGACGUCCAGGACUUUUCGAACGACAUCCAGAGCAGUCCGUCGAAAAUUAAGGAAAGCGUCAUAGUCACUAACACAACGUUGUCUGUGCUCAGGAAUUGCGGGCAAUACCUACAAAUAUGUAGAUAUUUGCCGCAAAUUUCGUUAGAAGUCAUCAUGUUAAUGAAUCAGCUAUUCGAUUACUAUUUUUACGCCGUUCACAUAUUUUUCACCUCAGAUUUAGAUGUGGCAUCGUCGACUUUAUACAGUACAAAGUUGAAUUUAGUUUUGAAAAGGAUAUCCAAUAGCAUUAAUGGUGGGGACGAUACUAAAUUCGAAUGCCCGAGUAAUCCUGAACAUUUAGACAUGAUUUCUGAAGCUAAUCUACAUGGUUUAAGCGAAAGAAUAGUGGGUGUGGAAAGUGUUAUAUUUUUGGCAAAACAGUUCGAAUUACUGCAACCUUAUUUAGAAUCUAUAGUGGCGUCCCACCAACAGAUGAUUCUGGAACAUUUUAGGGAUAACACAUUAAUGGUUGUAGAAGAUUUGAGAAUGCCAGUGUAUAUGUGUUCUGCGUCUAAAGCUGUGGAUGCCAGAUCAGCUUUGAUAGCCAUGUCUCAAGUGCGAUGGGAUGUCAAAAACGUAGCAGUGGAACACAGCCCCUACGUAGACAUGAUAAUACGGAAGAUCCAAGUGUUUGCGUUGCGUUUAGAAAACGUGGCGACGAGGGUGACUUUAAAUAUGAGGGUAGUGCAAUCAGUGUGGGGUAUGGUGUCGAAAUUCGUCGUCCAUUUGUUAGUCGAAGGGUUUUCGAAUGCGACGAAAUGUUCGAACGGUGGUAGGGGUCUGAUGCAGCUGGAUUAUAGGCAGUUGUUCGUCAAAUUGGAGAAAAUAUCCGGUUUAAAACCUGUCCCCUACCAAGAUUACGUGGAUAAAUACGUGAAAGCGUAUUACUUGCCGCGAAACGAGUUGGAAAUCUUCGUACGAGAUCGUACCGAGUAUUCUAACAAGCAUUUGCUAGCGCUCGUCAGUUGUGCGUGCGAAAACAAAAGGGAUAGACAAGCAUUGACAGCUAUUAUUGAAUGCAGAGAUGCGGGUAGUUGAAAAUAUAUUUUAAGCAUCCGUUUUUUUUUUUAAAUCAAUGUAUUAGAGGCUUUAUGGUAGAUACAUUUCGAAAUACAGUUUAAGUGGAUCCAACAGAUCGCCUUUCACCAUUAUUCACUAACUUUGACGUAUCUUCGUUGACAUUGAGAUGUAAAAAAUGACAUCCGGUGUCUACUGACAACCCUGCGUGGAUAUCCAACAGUAUAAAAAGUCCUUUUCAUGAAAGAAGUCCUCCAGACGCGGCACUAAUGUCUUAAUGGCGCGCAUUGUCAUUUAGUAAUGGCGGACUGUCAUUUGUGUAAGGUGCUGUUAAUUUAAUUCAGGUUUAAGUCGCGGGACUUAUUUCGUGAAAAGGACUCUAAAUUACAUUUCUCAGUCGAUGGGAUGUCUAUUUUAAUAGGUUGUUAAUAAAGACCAAAUUAGUGAAACCCCCAUCAGAUGGUCCUCAAACCGUGCUUGAAUUUUUACUCUAUACUAAUAAAAGUACUUAAAAAUAAUAUUUAUUUAAGGCAAGACAGCUUGUCUUUUAGUUUAUUAGUAAACAUCGGCUGUGGUUAUACUCUGGCAAAUUCGUUGAUAACACUCCCAUGAUAUACAGGCGAAGGGGGGGAAAGACUGCGGGUGUGAAAUCGUGCGUGCAGGGAAGUGAGGUGCAUCAGUUGUGGGUUUUCAUUCAUCGCUACACGAUCCCCCCGGCCCGCGCGGACCAUCGGAAGUGUUACGAACGAAGUUGCCAAGCUAUAGUUAACCAUCCUACUGACAAAGACGUCACCAAGCAAUUUAGCGUACCAGUACGACACUGCGUGGAAACUAUCAAGAGGUACGUGUAGAAUAAAGUUGUAUUUCUCCCAAAUAAGCCUUCCAUCUUAGACUGCAUUGUCACUUAUCAUCAGGUGAGAUUUAACUUUAAAAAAAAGACUUACACGCCGAUACUUGUGUACAUGGCACACAGAUUAAUAUAGACAGAUAAUCAAUAAUAGGCAGAUAGAGCAAACGGAACAAGAAGGUGUCGUAGCCGCUCCAAAUACAAAAUUUUAAAACGAAUACAUUCUCGAGUCACGAAUCGUCGUAUCAGUAAUUUUCAAUAUUAUUCAAGAAAAAUGGCGUCUUGUGUUUUUUUAAAUAUUUUAAAAACUGUUCACAAAACUAACAAAAAGAGAAAUAAGAUGGAGUAUUUUUUUAUUGAUUAUUAUAUUAAUUUACGUAAUAGUUGUUAGUGUUAAAUUUUGAAAUACAAAAUAUUAAAAAAGUUUGUAUAUGCGGAUCUCAAGUAGACGCGUGACGUUUUUUAUGGGUUUCACCGGCUUCACCACGCUGCUUGUAUGACUCAUUCUGUAUGAUCUUUAUUCUGUGACAUGGCAGUUAACUUGUAUAAUAAUAUACCUACCUAUAUUUUAAUAAUAUGUAAUAUACAUCGCUUGUAUAGAUAAGGAUAUGUAAUCUCAAAUGAAAAGACAAGUUAAGUGAUAGUUUUUAUUUUAUUAUUUAUAAAUAAAGUUAUAUCAUGUUUUGUAAAUAAGCUAAUAAACUAUAUGUACAAUUA